AUGGUUAUAAAUUUGAGUGUUACUUUAAAUGAUAUUAUUGAAGAAGAUGACAUAUUAUUAUCUCUUCUUAUCGUUGUUUUCUUAUUCUCUAAAGGUUUAUCAAUGAAUGAAAAUGAACUACCACUUAAAGAUUCAUUAACUGUAUAUCAAGCUCAAUCUUAUUAUACAAAAUUAUUAUGGAAUUAUAUGAUCAAAAAACAAGGUGAAACAAAAACAUACAAACAUUUUACCAAAUUACUAACAGCUAUCUUUAAAGCUCAGUCAACGGCUUUGAGAUUUCGAGAAUUUAUCAGUAGUCAAGCGACGACAUUAGAUGGUGUGGAGGAUAUUGCACCACUUAUGCAAACUGUUCUACAUAUUUCAUAA